CCUAACUCGGUGAAGUAAAAUCACUCUAAAAAAUGGUGGACACCAGAGCCCAAACCAAGAAGAUGCACGAUGCCUGCUUCCCGCAUGCUUCCAUGGAGGAUUCUAAUCAUCAAUCGACUGAGCCUGGAGCAAUUAUUGGUUCCAACGAUGACCUUUUAACCGAGAUUCUUCUCCGCCUCCCUGCUCCCUCUAUCCUUCGUUUCAAAUCCGUAUCCAAACACUGGCUUUUGCUUUUGAGUCAGAUACAUUUCACCCAAAGUCUUGUAAUGGGUUACUACUUUGCGUUACCCGGCCCAAAGGCCGCAAUGGUGCUAAUAAAUAUUAUGUAUUUAAUCCCACCACCAAGCAGUUGGCACUCAUCCCACCCGUUCCCAGAGAUCGUAGCGCUAUAUGGUUUAUGGGUCUGGCAUUUCAUCAAACAGAUUGUGUUCGCUACAAAGUUAUUUGUGUUCUUUAUGUAUGGCCUGGUGUGGAUUCGUAUCAGAUUCAGGUCUACUCGUCUGACACAAAGGAAUGGAAGAUAUCUAUCGAAUCUUUCUCUGCGUCUAUACCCAUCAUUCGCCACGGGGUUUACUGGAAUGGAGCUGUUUAUUGGGCUUCUUUAUUUGACAAUAGAAAUUACUGGUUCUUCAAAAUAGAUGAUCAACAGCUGCACACGUUACCCUUGCCUCUUGGCUUGAUCCCUUCUAAAGUGGUGACAGAGUACUUGGGAGAAUCCAGAGGUCAUCUACAUUUAAUUGCAUACAAUAAAUUCCAAGGAGGUAUGGUACGCGUGAAUGUGUAUGAGAUGUUGAGCGAUCAUUCUGGCUGGUUUGUCAAGUAUCAACUACAGCUUGAUGCGAUCACUAGGUACGGUCCCGGUUAUGUGCUCCAAGUCGUCGAUGUGGUUAGAGGCAAAGAAGAAGAAGAUACAUUCCUGGUGCUGGAAACUCUUGAUAAGAUUAUAACAUACAAUGUUCAUGACAGGAGUUUUAAACAGAUAUGUAGUUUAACCAAAUAUUGUAGUUCAAGUUUUUAUCGUUACACCGAAACCUUGUCUUCUUUCUAAAAGACAUUUCAGAAUGUUUAUAUCUCGUACUAAAUUGAUUUAGUAAAGUUUUGUC